UGGAACAACUCAAAACCACCCUUCCCUUCUCUUUCUUCUCCCUCAAUUCAUUCAUUUCUUUAUUUACUCUUCUUUUCUUCAUUCUCUCACCAAAAAAUGGCCAACAUUAACAACAUAGCUGCUCUCAAGCUCCAGCUUUACAACCACAUCCGCUCCAUGCACGAUGAGGGAGUUGUCAAUCAACAAUUCCUUCAGCUUCAAGUCCUGAGGCAACCUUUUCGUUGCGACAUCAUCCUCAGACUUGUCACCACCUACUGUAAUUCCUGCAAGGAUCUCUUUUCUUCUCUCUCUCUCCAACUUGACCAGGAGAGGGUUAAUUAUGAACGACUUAAUGAUCUCGCUCUGGAUUUCUAUGCGAGGACAUCCAGCAUUGGUGCAGAGGGUGUAAGACGUGCAUGUGCUAGCCUUAUUGAAGCAUGUGAGAGGAAAGAUAAGAAUGGUUGCUCCCUGGCUUUAUACUGGACCAAGAACAGGUUUUCUUAUUUGAGAGGCAGAUUUGAAACCCUUGUGAAGAUGGAGAGGAAUAUUAUCUAUCUUGAGAAUAUGCUGUGAAAAGAAUGGAUCAUUAUGAUAUCUACAGAUGAAGCAUAUCUGGUUGAAAUUUCUGAUGACUUGCCUUGGGGUAGUGAACAAUCAACUUAGUCGGAUAUAUUCUCUGAAAAAUACUGGGAAACCAGAUUGCACUGCACAGCCGAUUGGAACACAUUUUGCAGAUGUAGUUUUAGUUUUUCUGACUACUACUUCUAUAUCUACAGUCAUAUUCCGAAAGUUGACUUCUGUAAGCUGGGUUCCCUACUAGCUCAUGAAAUGGAGGAAAAUCGGGCAAGUUAGGAAGCAUGUCAGAUGAGUACUCGCCUUUUGAAUCUUCCUGGGCUUGUUAUAUAAGUGAUUGCUUCUACACAAGUAGUUCUGUUCUGUUCUAGAGAUGACAUCUAGCAUUGAAAAACAUGCGUUUGUUUGGAACUUAAUUUCCUAGUUGUGUAUUCCUCAGUCUAAUGGGAGUGCAAGUACAUUGGUACAUUGUGUAUUCGACUUCUUAUUUGAGGGGCACAUUUUCUGAACCUUAGAAUAUGUUUUGUAGGAGGGGUUUGAUUUUUAAUUUUAUUUAGCAAUGAGAAACUGAUAUGUCAGCUUAUAAGUUCUCAACCCAUGACUUAUUUUUUUUUUCUUUUUUUUUAUGAAGUUUUAUAAAUAUAUAAAUUCAGAAAUGAAAAAUUAGCCUUGGAUCA